AUGGGUAAACAAUUAGGGUUGCUAAAAAUCAUUGUUAUGCAAGGGAAAAGGUUGGUGAUCCAGGAUUUCAAGACUAGUGAUCCUUAUGUUGUGCUCAAGCUAGGGAAUCAGACUACAAAGACCAAGGUAAUUAAUAGCUGCUUGAAUCCUGUUUGGAAUGAAGAGCUAAAUUUCACUUUGACAAAACCCUUGGGAGUUUUGAAUUUGGAAGUGUUUGAUAAAGAUCUUUUGAAGGUUGAUGACAAGAUGGGGAAUACUUUCCUGAACCUUCAACCAAUAGUCUCUGUAGCCAGAUUAAGAGACAUCUUAAGAGUGUCCUCUAUUGAGACGACAUUAAGGAAGGUCAUACCUGAUGGUGAAAACUAUCUUGUCCGUGAAAGAAAUACCAACUGUGUGAAUGGUGAGGUGGUGCAGAAUGUUUGGUUAAGGCUUCGAGGAGUUAAGUAUGGGGAACUAGAAUUGACCAUCAAGUUGGUCACACAUGUUGCUCCUGCAAUACAAUGCAACAAUUGCAUGUGUCAUAAGUGUAGAUCUCUAAUUAACAUUUUAUGUCUAGUUAAUCAGGGUUUCUGGAAAAUCUGUACGAUCUCCUCUACAGCUAGUGACCAAGUUUCCUAA